AUGGUAGGACAGAUGAAUGCUAAGGCUUUCGACAGACUUACGAUCUUGUUUAGGAAUGCUCAUGGAAUUGCCAAACAUUGUCGGCCUUUCACAGACUAUGUUUGGAUGUGUCAGCUUGAUGCACAAAAAGGAAUAGACAUAGGAACUACAUACAUGACUGAUAUCAAGUGUAGAGAAUUCAUAGAUGCCAUUGCCGAAAUUGAAAGGCAGAAGCUGGAGGAGACAACGAAGAAAGUGAAAUUUAUCUCUAUUUCAUGUGAUGAAGCUACAGACUCUGCUAUCAUGGAGCAGUUGAUCAUAUACAUCAGAUAUGCUGUGGCUGGGGAAAUCAAGACUGAUUUCCUUGCAAUAAAGACACUUGAUAGAGCUACAGCUAACAACUGCUACAGUGCCAUCCUCCAGUCUUUCAAUGAACAGUGUAACAUUGACCCAGUAGACCUCUGGCAUAAACUUGUUGGCUUUACAAGUGAUGGAGCCUCUGUCAUGCAGGGUGUCAGAAAUGGUGUAGGUGCCCAACUGAAGGAAAACCAACCUAAACUAUGA